CCUCUAACCAAGCGAGUGCAUACUGUGGAAAAACAUAGGAUACCGCUGGACUGGUCUGGAAAGCAGUUUAGCAUAGCAUAGCAUAGCAUAGCAUAGCCAGAAAGGUCCACUAGAAAGGUCUGUUACACUACGUUUUACACGUAACUGUUUAGGAAAGCAGGAGUGGAGACACGUUUGGACAAGAUGCUCCUGAAGAUCUUAAUUAGCUGAUUCAGUUGUUUGUCAAGGUUAUGCUGAACUUUGCAGGAAGGUUUUGACCUGAAGAUGACCUAGCACAGAUCCUUGAUGAUGAGACAGAUCUGUAACUGAAUCACAGGAUGAGCAGAAAUCAUAGAUGGAUAGAAAUGGAUCUGGCCUUAUCAUCAUCAUCAUCAUCAUCAUCAUCAUCAAAGCCUUAUGGGUCAUCCCGGAGUAUUGUCAGAAGAAUUGCCACAAAUCUCCCAUUGGCACCUUGUGCUCGUGUCCAUUUUCAGCUUCAUCCGUUCACUUCAGGAGCGGGUUUCCUCAACAAUUCAAACGGGCCAAAUGGACUUGUGGCCACACUCGCUGAUGUGGGCUGGAUUGAAAGAGAAGAGAGCGAUGGAGCUGGCAGAAAUAGGUCUGAGGAGAAUCCUGGGUUGUUCUUUCGCACCCAGCAGCGCAGGCCCCUGAGACGUCAGCGGUCGUUACCCAGCUUGCACCAGGCUGAACCUGCGCCACAGAGCCAGACGAUCAUCAACGAUGAAGCCAUUCAGAAGAUCAGCGUUCUUGAGACUGAGCUGGCCAAACUCAGAGCACAAAUUGCACAGAUAGUUCAGGCACAGGAGCAAAGCGCUCAAUCCACAGCUCCAGCACCAGGUGGUCCCCCUGUACCCCAAGCUCCACCAAUGGCUCCACCUCCACCACCACCACCACCCCCUCCUCCUCCGUGUCCUGCACCCGGGAUGCAGAGGAGCUAUUCCGCCAUUGACCUCAUCCGAGAGCGCCGUGGGAAAAAGACGGAGCAGAACACUGUACUAGACUCAGCACCCAAAAAGCCAGAGCUUCCCAACAUGCUAGAUGUGCUGAAAGACAUGGGGAAAGUGAAGCUGCGCUCAGUUAAGAGUCAUCAAGAGGACAGUCACACGAAACCCAAACCUGUUGAGCCCACAGACGCUGCAGCGUUAAUCGCAGAGGCUCUGAAACGCAAGUUCGCUCACCGCUAUCGUAGCGACAGCGAAUGUGACAGCACCUUUAAUUUGCCGGCCCCUGAGAAUAAUAAGACCCACGUAGAAACACCGCUGUUUGGACAGCACAUGCUGAAAUCAACUGGAAGGAAGAAACUCUACUAGGAUGAAGCUGACCCCCGUUUCUUCUUAGUGGGUUAACCUGAUGACUCUCGAUUUAGCUAACUUUUCUUGUUGGCUCGUAAGUUUUGCGUUCACUUAAGCGAGCAUGCACUUGCUGAAACACUACGUAGUCAAUCUGGUUUCCCUAUUGGAUAUCUUUGUAAUUUUGCACUUUGAAAAGUUUAUUUGUAUCAGUACCUGUUGUGCCACAGUCAGUUCCAUCAUUAAUGCCAGUUACAUGGAAAAAUGUUUUUAUCUAUGAUUUUACUUGUGGGUUUAGCUGCAUCUGUUUUAAGGUCAACAGUGUAAGUAUUCGACCUUGUUGAAUUCCUCUUGUUUGAAGGGAUGAUGUUGAACGAAAGCACCAAAAUGUGUGUAUUUUUUUACAUCUGUUUGCACAGAAGUUCUUUCUACUUCAAAGGUACAAUUCAUAAUUGCUGGGAAAAUCACUCAUUUCUGAAACCAGCUUUUUCUGUCAUGAUGCAAUUAUUAAGCACACUUUUGUGAUCAUAAAUGGGGCUUAGAUGGUGCUAGGUCAGUAGUAUUUGCUCAAUGUUGAGAGCUAAUUUAAAAUGCCUUUUUAGGUUGUAAUUUAUUAUUUUUUGGACAUUUCUAUUAUAUGGUCUUGGAAGUGACAGUUAUUUAACCAGUUUAACAAAUCACUUGAAUAAUGUAGUUUUGUUUCAUGUGAACAAUGCACAGGAUAGUAUGUAUAACAAGUCUACUGGCAUUUAAUCAUACUUCAGAAUUGUGUGACAGUGUUUGUACCUUUUAAAAGGUGUUUUCUUUUUGCACAUUUAACCUAGUCUAUCUGUUGUCCAUCAAAACCCAGUGCAUUUGCAUUAUAGUUCAAUACAUGAUUUCUCAUUUCAAAAGGUUAUACUGGAUUUAAUGUUCAGCACAUACUGUAGGAGCAGUACCUCAGCAGAGAUAUAUUUUGUUUCAUUAUAGAUUGUGAUAUUUCACACUACAGAACCAUUUUGAAUGGACUUUCACUUGUUGAAUAAACCUAAAACAAUUGGUGUCCUCA